AUGACUUCAAACGGCACCAUGUCUGCGCUACCAAACGACUCUAAUUUUACCAUAGUUAUUAACCAAUCAUGGUUUAUUCCUUUUGAUAUUAUCAAUAUUCUAUCUCCUACUUUAGCUAUUCUACUAUCUUUAGUAUUUAUAUCUUUGAUAAUCUUCGACAAAACAUGUCACACAGUUUCCAUGAUACUUGUUUUUAAUUCAUUGGUUGCUCAACUUUUCACUGCUAGUGUUUUAUUAUGGAUGGUUAUAUCUACUUUUAUAAAUGAUCUUUAUCAAAGAUACUAUCGAUAUUCCUACUGUACUUUUCAGGGUUAUAUUAGUUAUGUUGCAGUUGCGGGAUUAUUUUAUUCAUAUUUCUUACAAGCAAUAUACCGUUAUUUAAUAGUCGUUUAUCCAACGCAACCAGUAUGGCAAUCGACUAAAUUCCAAUGUUUUCUUAUUAUUGGAAAAUGGAUUGUUAGUUUUCUAUACGCUUUUCCCCAUUUAUUUACAGGUAAGAUUAUUUAUCAUGUCAAUGAUCAAAUAUGUCAAAUGCCUCUUCAUCUGUCAAUUAUCGCAGUGUAUAAUAUCAUUUAUAUUUAUUUGAUUCCCAUGAAUGGUAUUAUGUUUAUAUAUUUUAAGUUAAUUCGGUAUGUGAAAGAAAUGAAUAAACAUGUCACACCUGCAAAUACUUUAUUGCGUGUACAAAGAGAACUGAAAAUGGUACGUCGAAUUGUGGUAAUUGUGUUUAUUUUAUUGGUAUUUGGCAGUCCCUACGCGACUUUUACAUUUAUGGGAUUUUUUGCUCACCCACCAAAAUAUCAUUUUCGUAUUGCUAAUACAUUUUGUCAAAUUGCAUUACCAUUGAUCACAAUUGCUUUAUUCAAAUUUACAGAUCCACUUAGGAUAUCGUUAAUGGGAUUAAUAAAUCGACAAAGAAAUUGA